CAAUCUCAUAAAAUUUUGAAAAUUAGGCCGCAUAAAUUUAUUAGAGUGUGUUUGAUUGUUGUCAUCAGAUCAGAUCCUGUGUCAUUUUUGUUUUCAUUUGCCGGCGCAUGGCGUAAACAUACUUGUUUAUCGAAGUGUUCGAAAGUAUUUAAAGUGUUUAAAGUUCUUAAAAUUUGGAAAAAUGUCCAGCUCUGAAUCGGAGGAUGAGAAUAUCAAACGGUUUCUGGAGGCAGCCGAUACGACACUGAUAAACGAUGCGAUGUUCCAAGGCACUUCCGCUGAAAAGCAAAACGAACCCGUAAAAGAUAACGUCAUCAAAACUGCCAGUGAAUGUCCCAAGUCAAACCGUUAUCUAGUGGAAGAAGAGAACGUAUUUCAAAGCGAUAUAAACGUAACCGAGUCCAUGAAAAAGUUUGUGGGCAAAAAAUUAUCGGCGAUAAUAGACCAAAACAUUGCUUUCAUAGAAGUGAAGGAUAAAAAAGUUUCAAAAAGUAAAACCGAGCCUGCUGAUUCGUCGGGAGUAAAACUCUUAAGCGAUUGUGAUUUAUUUUUAAAAACUUCGGAUGCAAUAGAAAACGCCACGCUACUGCCAGAAAGUAAAACCAAGAAGCCAAUAAAAAGGCGUGCAGUUGAAUCGGACUGUUUAGGCGAAAAAGAAAAGCUUGCCCUGGCUGCUAUCGAACCAUCUUCCAUUUCAGCUUUGACCAAAUGUAGGACCAAUAGGCCGAAGGCCGUUGUGUAUGAGUACAAAACUGCAGGUUCAUCAAAUCUGUUGCAGGAACCCAAAAAUGAGUUCACCGAGGCGAAACGUAAAAAUAAAUGGGAUUCAUCGAAAAUAGCACAAUUUGGGAAGAAAGUAAAGGGACGAUAGAUUUAGUAUUGUCAGUAAACGAAUUGUUCUGUUAAUCAUAAGAUAA